GAUUUGUAAUGAUUUUUACCAAUGCCCCAAAUUAUUUGAGAAAUUAACUUAAAAUAAGUUAUUACUUACUUUAAUUAUAUAUUAGUGGUCCUAAGAAUACACAAAUCAUUUUCUUUUGAUAAUGGCAGACUUUCUCGAGUCCGAAGCCGAAGAAAGCGAGUUGGAUUCUGAAGAUGAGAAGCCCGCAGAAAGAAAGAAACCAAAACGUAAAGCUGCUGUACAAAGUGACGACGAAGAUGAAGAAGAGGAUGAUGAUGAGGAACGGCUUCGAGAAGAAUUAAAAGAUCUUAUAGAUGAUGCACCAAUAGAAGAGUCUGGGAGUGAUGGAGAAGAUUCAGAUGCAAGUGUGGGACCUAAAAAAAGAAAAAAAAGUGAUGAUGAAUUAGAUGAUAGGCUUGAAGAUGAAGAUUAUGAUUUGAUUGAGGAGAAUCUUGGUGUCAAAGUUGCCAGGAAUAAAUUUAAACGUCUGAGGCGGUUGGAAGAUGAUGAUAGUGACAAUGAAGGAAAUGAUGAUCCUGAUUUAGAAAGAGAAGUAAUUGCUGAGAAGCUGUUUGUUGCAGGAUCAGAUGAGGAAGAAGAAAAUCGUUCAGAACCAGGUGCUGCAAGGGAAAUGGAAUAUGAUGAUGACAAUGAGGACAUGGAAUCAGAUGCUGACGACUUCAUUGUUGAUGAUGAUGGAAGACCAAUUGCAGAGAGAAAGAAAAAACGCAAGCCUAUAUUCACAGAUGCUUCUCUUCAAGAGGGCCAAGAUAUAUUUGGGGUGGACUUUGACUAUGAUGAAUUUGAGAAGUAUGGAGACGAAGACUAUGAUGAAGAAGAUGAAGAGGAUUUGGAUGAAUAUAUAGAAGACGAGGAAGAGGAUGGUGAAAGACGUAGAACUAAAAAAGGUAAAGCUAAGCGGCCAAGCAAGAAGUCUAUAUUUGAAAUCUAUGAGCCUAGUGAGUUAAAGAGAAGUCACUUCACUGAUUUGGAUAAUGAGAUACGUAAAACAGACGUACCGGAGCGAAUGCAAAUACGCGAAGUGCCCAUCACGGCCGUGGAAGAAGGUAGUACUGAGUUAGAGGACGAGGCUGAAUGGAUUUACAAACAGGCUUUCUUGAAACCGCCUGUGUCCAAGGCUGAUUCUCAAGAGGCUAGGGAGAGAUCAAGACGUGGCCCAAGCACAGUGGUGAAAAUUCGUCAGGCUUUGGACUUUAUGAGGAAUCAAACGUUGGAAGUCCCGUUCAUAGCCUUCUAUAGAAAGGAGUAUGUGCAGCCCGAAUUGAGUAUUAACGAUCUAUGGAAAGUGUAUAAAUAUGAUGCCAAGUGGUGUCAAUUAAAGCAACGUAAAGAAAAUCUAUUGAAACUGUUGGAGAAUAUGCGCGAAUUCCAAAUGGAUAAAGUGAUGAUGAACCCCGACGCGCCUAUUCCAGACGCUAUGAGACUAAUCAAGGAUGAAGAUAUUGAAAGGUUAAAAAACGUGCAAACACCCGAAGAAUUGCGCGAUGUUCACACACAUUUCCUGUUGUACUACUCACAUGACCUACCUGAAAUGCAGAAAGUGCAACGCGGCAAAGAAAGGAAGUCGGAGAUUGAAGAGAAAAAGAAAUAUGCCCGUGAAGAAGCAGAAAAGAACGGUGAAGACCCAGACGAGGCAGCAGCGGCGAUAGAAGCUGCGUUGCCUGACGAUGAAGAGACCACUGAGGUGAAGUAUGCGGUUCGAUCGGGGCCUUACGAACUAUGCAGAAAGGCUGGACUUGAACCUCUGGUACGCAAGUUCGGUCUGUCAGCCGAACAAUUCGCUGAGAACGUGCGUGAUAACUAUCAGAGACACGAGGUCGAACAACCCUCUGUUCCGCCUUUGGAGGCUGCCCAAGACUAUGUACCAGGUAUUCAGACCCCAACGGGCGGAUCUUCAGGUGAAGUGUUACGUCGUGCUGUGUACAUGUGCGGGGUCCAAUUGGCCCGUGAGCCCCUACUUCGCUCUACUCUGAGGGACACGUUGCGGGAAAGGGCCACUAUUACCGUUAAACCCACUACCAAGGGGCUGAAGAUGAUUGAUGAGAGUCACUCCUGUUUUGGUUUAAAAUACCUGAAUAAGAAACCUGUUCGCGAUUUGACUGGAGAUCAGUUUCUGAAACUGACCAUGGCUGCGGAAGACAAGUUGCUGGAUCUCAACAUCAGCGAGAAUCUUGAAGGCAACACUGGCCCCAGUUAUUUGGAAGAGUUGAAGCAGUUAUAUCAGAAGGAUGAGUUUGCGGCAACAGUUCAAGCCUGGAACGAUAUUCGAAUCGAAGCAGUCACAUUGGCUUUGACUAAAAUCGUUAUGCCUGAAUUGAGACGGGAGUUGCAAGCUCUUCUCUUGCAGGAAUCUAAGGAAUAUGUACUAAAAUGUUGCAGACGACGUUUAUAUGAUUGGCUCAAAGUGGCUCCUUACGAAUCCCGAGUCUCUGAUGAUGAUGACGAAGAAUGGGAUGCGUCUAAUGGUGUACGUAUUGUAUCGAUAGCGUACGUACCAGACCGGGCGCACUGUGCGUUCGCGUGUUCGUUAGUGGGAGGAGGCGAAGUCGCCGAUCAUUUACGAUUACCGCAUUUGUUGUAUCGCCGUAACGCUUGGGAUCCUCUUGAGAGGCAAAACAAAGAGGCCGACCUUACCGCACUUAGAAGGUUCAUUCUCCGCAAAAAGCCUCACGUGAUAGUGAUAGGGGGUGAGUCACGAGAGGCUCUCAAUAUUAAGGCGGACGUGUCUGAGUGCAUUCAACAGUUGAUUGAGGAUGAGCAGUUUCCCAGGAUACCUAUAGAGAUAGCAGAUAACCAUAUCAGCAAGAUUUACAGUAAUAGUAUACGAGGAAGGAAUGACUUCAGGGAAUAUCCCGACGUACUGAGACAAGCGAUAUGCCAAGCCCGAUUAUUACAAGACCCACUUAUGGAGAUUUCACAGCUUUGUGGACCUGAUGAGGAAAUACUGUGCCUUCGGUACCAUCCCCUACAAGACCAGAUCACCAAAGAGGACCUUCUUGAAGGAAUUGAACUAGAAUUCGUCAACAGAGUCAACGAAGUCGGCGUUGACGUCAAUGAAGCCGUAUUAACGGGACGAGGGACGGAACUCCUCCAAUUUGUGUGCGGUUUGGGACCAAGAAAGGCUCAGGCCCUGAUCAAACUCUUCAAACAGACCAAUCAAAAGCUAGAAAAUCGUACGCAAUUGGUCACAGUGUGUCACAUGGGGCCGAAAGUGUUUAUCAACUGUUCGGGAUUCAUCAAAAUUGACACAAGUAGCCUUGGAGAUAGUACAGAGGCGUAUAUAGAAGUUCUGGACGGGUCAAGAGUGCAUCCGGAAACAUAUGAGUGGGCAAGGAAGAUGGCAGUUGAUGCCCUCGAAUAUGAAGACGAAGACGCCAAUCCUGCGGGAGCCCUGGAAGAGAUCCUGGAGGCCCCAGAGAGGUUGAAAGAUCUGGAUCUAGAUGCGUUUGCCGAGGAGUUGGAAAGACAGGGCUUCGGUAAUAAGAGUAUCACGCUGUAUGACAUCCGAGCGGAGUUAAAUUCUAGGUACAAAGAUCUCAGAGUUUCAUACAGAUCGACGACUCCUGAAGAGAUGUUCGAUAUCCUAACCAAAGAAUCGCCAGAAACAUUUUUUGUUGGAAAGAUGGUAUUAGCCAGUGUCGUCGGAAUCACUCACAGAAAGCCACAAAGGGAGAUGUUGGAUCAGGCCAAUCCUGUGAGGAAUGACGAGACAGGCCUUUGGGAAUGUCCCUUCUGUCAUAAGAAUGACUUUCCUGAGCUCUCUGAGGUAUGGAAUCACUUCGAUGCGGGCGCGUGUCCGGGUCAAGCGACGGGUGUACGUAUUCGUCUCGAUAACGGACUUUCCGGAUACAUUCAUAUCAAGAACUUAUCGGACCGACACGUAACAGAUCCGACGGAACGCGUACGAAUCGGACAGACGAUACAUUGUCGAGUGCUUAAGAUAGAUGUCGAACGAUUCUCGGUCGAUUGCUCUUCUAAGUCGUCUGAUUUGCUCGAUAAAAAUAACGAGUGGAGACCAACGAAAGAUCCCUAUUACGAUCAAGAAACAGAAGAGAAAGACUUGCGAAAGGAUAAAGAGGCGAAACAAACUAAGGAGCGAAUGCAAUACGUGAAAAGAGUUAUAGUGCACCCAUCAUUUAGAAAUAUAUCUUUCGCCGAAGCAGAAAAACUUAUGGAGAAAAUGGCACAAGGAGAAGUUAUUGUGAGACCCAGUAGUAAGGGAUCUGAUCAUCUCACGGUGACCUGGAAGGUGGCAGAAGGUAUUUGCCAACACAUUGAUGUGCGAGAGGAAGGCAAAGAAAAUGCGUUUUCGUUAGGUCGCAGUCUCUGGAUACAGGGUUCAGAAUUUGAAGACUUAGAUGAAAUUAUAGCUAGAUAUGUAACUCCAAUGGCCGGUCACGCGCGAGAUCUCAUUGCCUACAAAUAUUACAAACCUUUAGGCGGCAUGCGAGACAAAGCCGAAGAGUUGCUCAAAGAAGAGAAAUCUAAAAACGCAAAUAAAAUUCACUACGUGGUGUCGGCAGCUAAGAAUCAUCCCGGCAGAUUCCUUCUAUCUUACCUGCCGCGAAAUAAAUGUACGCACGAGUACGUAUCGGUGACGCCAGAUGGAUACAAAUUCAGACAGAGAAUGUUUGAUUCGCUAGGAAGUCUCUUAAAAUGGUUCAAAGAACACUUCAGAGAUCCACCCCCAAGUGGAACUCCAGCGCAGAGGACGCCAGCUCUGCGAACACCACACGGCGGGAUGACAUCUACAAUGUAUCACACACCGGCCGCUCACACGCCGGCCUUCCACACUCCAGCGCACACACCCGGCCCGGCAUACAUAAACACACCUUACACCCCAUCAGCUCAAACACCCUACAUGACACCGUUCGCCACCACUCCCAGGCAGCCAGACUUCCUAACGCCAGUCAUACCGCGACACAAGCAGCUUCCAGUAUUUACGGAGCCGUCGGACUGGCAAAAGGCCGCCGAAGACUGGGUUAGACAUCGAACCGUUAGAGACACCCCUGCAACCCCUCGUAGCAGCGAAGGAAUGUCGACUCCGCGACAAUCUCGCACGCCCAGAAUGGACUCGAGAUCCACCCCCCGACAUGACAUGAGAUCUACACCCAGACAUGACGCCAGAAGUACCCCCCACGGCCACUCUGGAAGGUCGUCCAGGGCACACUCAGUGCGUUCUACCCCCCACACGAAUACGUCACCCAGGUCGAUGUCACUCGGCGACGCAACACCGCUCUAUGACGAGAACUAGUAUGAAGACUGAUGGAAAUUUUUAUUUUUGUACGUAUAGUACGUAUACGUAUACGCUAUGUGUAAUCGUUGCGGACUUUCAUAUAAAUUGGAUGACACAAAUAAAUAGUUAGCAAUUCA